AUGGAGCUGGCCAAUCAGACUUCAGUGAAAGAAUUCAUUUUGCUGGGCUUCGGAGAGGGGCAGCAGAAGCGGUUCCUGCUUCUCAUCUUUUUUACCAUUCUCUACGUCCUCACAUUGGCUGAGAACCUCACCAUCAUCACCCUGGUGGUUCUAGAUGCCCACUUGUCCCGGCUUCCCAUGUACAUCCUGCUGAGCAACUUCUCCUGGCUGGAGAUGUGUUACGUGACGGCCACUGUGCCCCGGAUGCUCUUUGACUUGCCGUCCCUUCACGGGAUCAUCUCCUUCCAUUCUUGCUUCCUUCAGUUCUAUGUCUUCUUCUCACUGGGCACUACUGAGAGCUUCUUCCUCUCCGCCAUGGCCUUGGAUCGGUACUUGGCCAUCUGCCACCCUCUGCGCUACCCACAAAUUAUGUCCCAUGAUUUCUGCUAUGCUCUUGUGGGUGCUUCUUGGCUCCUUGGUUUCCUCUGGCACCUUUUCCCGGUGGUUUUGAUCUCCAGGUUGUCCUUCUGUGGUCCCAACGUCAUUGACCACUUUUUGUGUGACCCUGGGCCGAUUCUAGCCCUGGCCUGUCCACCUCUAGGAUAUGCCCCCAAUGUCUGUCAGAUUUCCCUGAAUACAGGGAUUUUAAGCAAUGCCCUAUUUGUCAUGCUGUCCUACGGUGUUGUGAUUCUGACCCUACUGAAAGCUUCUUUCCAAGGCAGCCGUAGGAAGGCCUUCUCCACCAUAUCUUUCCACCUAGUGGUGGUGACACUUUUCUAUGGCUCUUUGGCUGCAAUGUACUUAACUUCAGCUGGAGAAAGCGCCUCAGACCUUACUAAGGCGAUAGUAAUCUUUUACACUGCCAUCACACCCUUUCUCAAUCCUCUUAUAUACUGUCUGAGGAACGAUCAGGUUAAGGAGGCUCUGAAGAGGCUGCUGAAGAGAAAGGAGAACUUGCUGAUGAGAAAGGUGACUGCCUAA